UAGUUGAUUUUCCCUCGUUUUUGUUGCAUUGGUGAUAAUCAUGUGUCUUCAACGUUGUUGUUGUUAUUGUUUUUGUUUUUGUCUCUUCUUUUGAUUUGUUUUUCCUUAAUUGUGGUUGAUUCAAGUGUUUAUUGUUGAUUAUUGCUCUUUAUCAGAUUGUUGGGAUAAUAGGAAAACAAUUUGGGUCUAUUUUUGGUCUAGUCUAUGGAUGAAAAUAUCGUGAAGUCAAGAAUCAAGUGGAAAUAUUCAUCAAACUAAUGGAUCACGAAUCUAUUGUUGUUACUGCUAAGCCAGUUGGGGAAAGGAAGAUUAUCUCUCGGAAAAAUGGAUCAUCUUGUUCAUCUUCUGUUCCAGAUGAAAUUGUUAAUGAUCCAGCGUUGAAUUAUCAAAUUAAAGCGAAUUUACCUGAUAAUUACAACUUUGACAUUCCGCGAAUUAUUUGGAAAAUCCGAGAAUCAGGAUCAACUCGUGUUGCCCUUCAAUUUCCUGAAGGACUUUUCAUCUUUUCCACGGCGAUUUCAACAAUUAUUGAGCAAUUUACUGAAUCAACGGUCUUCAUUAUCGGUGAUGUUACAUAUGGAGCUUGUUGUAUUGAAGAUUAUCUCUCAUCUUUGGCGAAUUGCUCUCUUUUAAUUCACUUUGGUCACUCAUGUUUAAUUCCUUUUAAUAACAUUGUCGCUGGAAUCAAAGUGCUAUACGUUGUUGUAGAGAUACAGUUUGAUUACUGGAACUUUGUCGAGAUGAUAAAACUUAAUUUCGAUGAUCAAAAGAGCCAAAAGAUUGCGAUAUUUGGAACGAUUCAGUUCAUCGACACUGUGCAAAAAGCUGUUGACGAAUUGAAUCACCAAGAAGGCUACAAUUUGGUCGUUCCCCAAAUAAGGCCACUAUCUCGAGGGGAGAUUCUCGGUUGUACUGCUCCGAAUCUCGAUCGCGACAUAUCAUUAGUAAUAUUUGUUGCCGAUGGAAGAUUUCAUUUGGAAGCGGUUAUGAUUGCUAAUCCAUGGAUAGAAAAGUACUACAAAUACAAUCCAUAUGAUAAAUCAUUGACAAUCGAGAAUUAUGAUUACAUUGAAAUGAUUGACCAACGGAGAAAGAGCAUAACUAAAGCAAUCGAAGUUGCUAAACGAGGUGGUACAUUCGGCUUCAUCCUCGGAACCUUAGGAAGACAGGGAAGUCCAAAAGUUAUGGAAAAUAUGAUCAAUAGAUUAAAGAAAAUUGCUCCGAAUUGUAAUCAUGUUAAUCUACUUAUACCCGAAAUUAAACCAACUCUAUUGAAGGAACUUGGGACUUCGGUUGACAUUUGGGUGCAAACAUCAUGUCCAAGGCUGAGCAUCGACUGGGGAGAUGAAUUUAAAGAGAGACCGCUGUUGAAUCCUUACGAAUUUAAUUUAACUAUGGAUUCGAUUAUUAAAAAUCAAUUGGAUGUUCUGAGAGAAGAGGAAAAAAGUGGCUACCCUAUGGACUUUUACGCUUCCGCUUCUCUUGGAAAUUGGACUCCGAUCCAUCGGUGUAAUAAAACUUGUUCUUGUAAAUAAUUUUGAUAAUUUAAUUCAUAUUUUCAUUGAAAUGAUUAAAAGACUAAUAAAAUCACCAAAUUUCCGAAAGUUUAA